AUGGCAUUUGUACCGAUUCUGAAAAUGAAGAUGGAUGAGCUCUUCAUUCGUUGGCUAACAGAUGAGGUCGCUCAGGCUGGUUUAAAGCAGAGUCUUUUGUUUCUCAAGUCCAACGACCGGCUAGAGGCCAGUCGAGCUAUUUGCCGUAUUAUUGUGCCAAGCCCUUUAGCGCAACCCUCUCAUUCAUCGGACGCCUGGCAUUCGAGUCCCUCUUUUUGCUCUCCAUGUGCCUCACCACGACCACUCACACCUCCGCACUAUCCAACCGCCCAUCGCAGUUCUCAUGAUCGUCAACUUCAAUCGCCUCGACGAUCUCCUCUUCCUUGCCCUUCCAAGUUUGCGGUACGUCCUCCUCUUCAUUACGCUGGUUUUCUACUCUCCUACCUCCUUUACAUUUUUGAUCCUUCUUGUCGCUAG